CAAACAAACAGCAAUCUUCUCAAAAAACAAUCUUUUUUUUUCAACACUUCACUAGCUUCUUUUUUCUAAUCUUAAAUCUCUCAAAAACACUCAUUUCUAAGUUACCAAAAAAAAAUGGCACCUAAUGUUUUUGGUCUUGCAACUAAGGCUACUGGUUUGGCUAAGGCAAAAAGUUUGGCAAGCCGUGCCUAUGUUACGUUCUUAGCUGGAAAUGGUGAUUACUGGAAAGGCGUUGUUGGUUUGGUUAAGGGAUUGCGAAAGGCGAAAUCCGCUUAUCCACUUGUUGUGGCUUGUUUGCCUGACGUCCCGGAGGAACAUCGACGUAUACUCAUUAACCAAGGUUGCAUCGUUCGAGAGAUCGAACCUGUUUAUCCUCCUGAGAAUCAAACUCAAUUUGCUAUGGCUUAUUAUGUUAUCAACUAUUCCAAACUCCGUAUUUGGGAGUUUGUGGAGUAUAGCAAGAUGAUAUACUUGGAUGGUGAUAUUCAGGUGUUUGAUAACAUAGACCACUUGUUUGACUUGCCAGAUGGCUAUUUUUAUGCAGUGAUGGAUUGUUUCUGUGAGAAAACUUGGAGUCACACCCCACAAUAUAAAGUUGGGUACUGUCAACAGUGUCCUGAUAAGGUCCAGUGGACUCAAGACUUGGGCCCUAAGCCAUCACUCUAUUUCAAUGCUGGCAUGUUUGUCUAUGAACCAAGUCUCUCCAUUUAUGAUGAUCUCUUGAAAACCGUCAAAGUUACACCUCACCCAUUUGCUGAACAGGAUUUUUUGAACAUGUAUUUCAGAGAUGUAUACAAGCCAAUUCCGAACCAUUACAACUUAGUUUUAGCUAUGUUGUGGCGUCACCCAGAGAAUGUGGAUCUUGAUAAAGUGAAAGUUGUUCACUACUGUGCGGCGGGGUCUAAGCCAUGGAGGUACACUGGAAAGGAAGAGAACAUGGACAGAGAAGACAUUAAGAUGCAUAAAAAAUGGUGGGAUAUUUAUGAUGACGUGUCAUUGGAUUACAAGAAUUCUAACGUUGUUAUUGAUGGCGAAGUUGAAGCUGACAAAUUUAUGGCAGCGUUAUCAGAGGCUGGUGCUGUGAACUACAUAACUGCUCCAUCGGCCGCUUAGAAUAUUAUAGCUUUCAAAUUGUUUUAUAGUUUUUUUUCUAAAAAAAAAAAAGCUUUGGGAUAUAUAGUCUUAAAGCAAAUUAUACUAGCUUUACAGAGUGCUUUUGUUAUUUUUUUUAUUUACAAAAAGAUUAGAGAUUGCCUGUAUAUAAUAGGGGAGCAGGCAAUUUCAGUUCUUCUAUAAGUUUGGAGUGUAUUUUUUGUUUUGUUUGUGGAUAUUGGAAGAGUACAGAAAUGAAAAAAGUACGUAUUUAUGUUAAUACUGAAUCUUGAGAUACGUAUUUAUGUUGUGGCUUGAGUAA